AUGAGUGAUGUUGAGACUGUCUCCUCCUUGCCAGCUACCCUGGAUGCCGGACAAAACGCUCUUGCGGUCAAGGUGAAUCACCAGUCUCCUCCCCCGGGGCCUUCGUCCCCCAGGAGGCCAUCUCCACCUCGGGUUGUCGUCGGGAAUGGGAAGGUCGGUCCCGUAGGGGAGGUUGAUCCUGUUGUCGGGGAGGGCGAUGGGCCGCCGAGCCCAAAGGCUGAUUCGGAGGCAGAAACUAUCAUACAAUCCGGUCGAGAAUCUUUGUCGCCAGAGAAAAGACGGAAGUAUAUCAAACAUGAACCGAAACGACGUGAUGAGAAUGACCAAGUGGGCGCCGGGGAAAGUGAUCUUCCCUCUAAUGAUUUGCAGGCGAGAAAGUCCGUGAAUGGUGAUCCCCUCGGUGAACGCGCCCGUGACUCGCGCCCGUUGAGCCCCUCUAGAAGAGCCAAAUCCCCUCUGUCGACUGUGAAACUGGAGAAGCUAGAGGAUCCGCAAUCCGGUCCGAGAAGAUCUGAGCCUCCCCCUCCUGCUUUCACGGCACCCAAAAUUUCGAGGAAGCGAAGCUUCAGUGAGACAGUCGACAUCGAAGCUGCUCCAGCCCGUCAAGGCCAAUCAGCCCCCAUCCGCGAUAGGGAACGGAAGGAUUUGAACGGCGUGACCUUUGCUCGUCCUGCGUCUACCGAUCGCUCGAUAUCUCCCGUCCGGUCCUCUCACAAGCGAACGGCUUCGGGCCAGCACCUGGGCGGACCCGAUCCGCAGAGGAAGAAGAAGGCCCCCACGCCACUUAUCACCGGCUUCCAGAGGCAAAGCUCGGAAGACAGGCAGUCAACAUCAUCCUCCGCCAGUGGCUCCCCGUUGCCCAGUGCUCAGCUUCGAAAGCUCGGCUCCGUGGAUGGGGCUUCGGCGUCCCCUGCGAGGCCAACGGGGUACAAGAAACAGCGCGAUCAGAAUGGCCGAACCCGCCUGGCCCGCGCCUGUGCUGCUCAAGAAUUAGAUAUCGCGAUGGCCAGACACGCAGAACGUCCGGAGGACCUGAAUGUUGCUGACAAUGCCGGAAACACGCCUCUGCAGAUUGCGGCUCUUGAAGGCAGCGCACCCAUUGUGAAAUUUCUCCUGGAUGCUGGCUGCGAGAUCGACACCAAGAACAUCGACAAGGACACCCCACUGAUUGAUGCGGUUGAAAAUGGACACCUAGAUGUCGUCAAGCUUCUACUGGAGGCAGGGGCGAACCCUCGCACCGUGAAUGCCGAGGGCGAUGAGCCCUACGAACUCGUCCUAUCGGACUCGGAUGAUUACGAGCAGAUUCGGCGAGUGCUAGCGGAUGCAAAGGCAUCCAUCAGGCCCGGAAGGCGUUCAGAGGAGCGCACUGGAUCGGAAGUCAAGGAAACAUCAUCUCGACGCAUUUCUGCCGAAAGCGCACGCGAUUCGCCUCCUGUACACAGGCCGCGCAGCCCUCCACUCAGCACCACGACAAAGCGGAAGACGGUCAGGAGCGAAGCCACCCGGAACGAUUUGCUGUGGACCACCGCUACCCCGGAGAAUCUGCAGGCCUUCGCCGCCAAGGGCGAUUUUGUGGGGGUUGCCAACAUCCUGAACGUGGGACAGAAGGCAGAUACUGAAUCCAUGAUCGCCGCCGCCAAAGGUGGUCACGACGAAGUAGUUUCUCUCCUUCUCGGUAUCGGUGAUGCGGAUCCGGACCCUCCCCCAGUCCAGGAUGGCUCUCAUAAACCCGGUUAUAAUACGCCUAUGCUCGCAGCUAUCGGCCGUGGUAACCUCGAGGUUAUUCGAAUUCUGCUCAAUCAACGGCAAUUCAACCCUACCCGACGGCUCUAUAGGGACCGUACUUAUUUUGAGCUCUCCCGAGACCGCAGGGCCGACAACUGGGAGGAAGAAUUUGACCUCCUUCGAGAUGCGUACGACACAUACAGCAGGACGAAGAAGCAACGAAAACCCGAUGGCCCAUCGCCACGUCGAGCACGAGAUCGCGACGCCGAGAAUAGACGGACUGGGCGCCGGGACUCCUUGUCUCCUGUCGCUCGACCUCGGAAACCCGUCGUGAGCCCUAGCCAUCGGGAUUCCGCACCCAAGGACGCCCUCUUGUCAAAGGAGAAACGCCGGGACAACAUGGUCCAUGCCAAGGAGAAGCCUGCCCGCCCCAAACUUUCCCAUCGGACCAGCGACGGGCUACCUAAUGGACCUGAUCUCGAUGGGCCACGCCCUGAUCCAACCCGAUCAAAACCACCGAUUUCAGUCAAAGAUAGCGAACAGGGCAUUGCAGGUCGCGGGGAUGAGGCUCCUAAAAGAAGACGCUUAAUUGCCGGACGACCACCCCAAGAUCGCGAUCGCCGAAGACCCAGUCUGCCAUCGUCUGACUCUGUGUCGGGGCGUGACGAGAGCACCAAACGUGUCGACCACCCCGAUGGCAGCAGCAAGUCUGGAUUGAAACGUGUACAUGGUAGUGCAAGCCCCGAAAGGCCGCGGUCUCGUGAUACGGAACAUGACAAGCAUUCUCGAGAGGCGCACAAGAAGAAACGACGGGUUUUGUCCGAAGAUGGGACGCCUAAUAUUGCAAAUGGAGGUUUGAAGAAGAGUCAGCCAGUAGUGACAGGUGACUUGAAGUCAUCUCGCCAGAAGGACGAUGAUGAUGAUCACGCAGACCCUGGACCGAAUGUCUUAGGGGAAUCCAACGCGCCAGCCACGAAGCCAGUCGAACGGAAGCCUGUCAAAGAAGAGCACGAAAAGCAUGAAACCCACGACCUGGAAGAUAUCCCAAUGGAGGAUCCUGUGACCACAUCCGAGAAGGCCGAAGCACAGGCGGAAGCGGAAGCCCGGCGGCAAAGAGAGGCCCGCAAAGCGAAACAGGAACGGUUGGCGGAGGAGGCACGUCUUGCCGAAGCCGAAAAGGCUCGACUGGAGAAAGAAGAGAAAGAGCGGGCAGCCCGUGCAGCCCGUCUGGCUCAAGAGAAGGCAGCGGAAGAGGAACGUAAGCGGAAAGAGGCCGAAGAACGGCGAAUCAAGCAGGCCGAGGAAGAACGCCAGAAACGCCUUGAGCAAGAACGGGUCCGGCUCGCCAAACUGCGCAGGGAGCAGGAAGAGCAAGAACAGCGACGGCGAGACGCUCUGCCUAGCAGACUUCGUGCUGCGGCCAAUCUGGUUGGGGCCAACGAUCCCCAGGCGAGAAGCCACAUGUGGCUAAGGAAAUUUAUGCCUGUGGUGACCGCGGAGACAAAACAACUCGAUCCUUCCUGUUCGCCUGACAUCGCGGACGAGAAAUGGAUCCCCAACUAUCUUGUGGCACCGAUAUUAGCGACCAAUGAUCUGCAACUUUCACAAUAUGCCGGCUGGGAGAAACGCAACGCGACGCCUACUCAGCGGGGGAACCUAUGGCGGGUCACUCGGCGAAUGCUUGUGCAGGCCGAUGAGAUGGAGUUCUUGAGUUCGUCAUUUGGACAGAUCAUGCGGAGAGAUAGCGAAGCACGCCCCAAAUACUUCGACAUGGAGCAUGUAUUCUGGGUUCGGCUCUCCGACUUCAUGGAUCUCGUUCCACAUAUUCCCCAUCUGCAUGGACUGGACAUUCAGUUUUUGAAGAUGCACAUUGAUCGCGAACCAUCGGCGACGCCGCCAUUCGAUCUACCGCAGCCCAAUGGGCAUGUAUCGGGACCUCCGCCCGUUGAAGAAGGGUUUCCCAACGGGAUCACAGGCCUUACGAACGGCUAUGGGCACACCACCGACGAUUUAGGCGAGAAAACCCGCGGACGCUUCCACAAUCUUGAAUUCAGCACUCCAUCAACUCAACUCUUUGAGGAAAAUCCGACAGGAUAUACCAAUAGAAUAAUCAAAAUGUCGGACGGAGAAGAGACCGUUUCCAACCCCCCCGUUGCCGCCGAUGAGGUCGAGGUUUCGGCCGACGCUGGCGCCGGUGGCCAGAUGUCCGUCCUGGACGCUCUGAAGGGCGUUCUGCGCAUCUCCCUCAUCCACGACGGUCUUGCCCGCGGUCUCCGCGAGGCCGCCAAGACCCUGGACCGUCGCCAGGCUCACAUGUGUGUCCUCAACGAGGGCUGCGAGGAGGAGGCCUACAAGAAGCUUGUUGUCGCCCUCUGCUCCGAGCACAAGAUCCCCCUGAUCAAGGUCCCCGACGGAAAGAUGCUCGGCGAGUGGGUUGGUCUUUGCCAGCUCGACCGUGAGGGCAACGCUCGCAAGGUCGUCAACUGCUCUUGCGUCGUCGUCAAGGACUGGGGUGAGGAGUCCCAGGAGCGCUCCGUCCUCCUCAACUACUUCCAGACCGAGCAGUAG